ACACGGAGGAGAUGUGCUUUAGCAUAGGAUCAUUUCAAAUAAUGUCAUUUCGGCUGAUUUUAUUGAAAUUACCUUCUAUAUUCAUGCCACUGAGAUAAGGACUCUGUGGAUACAGUCGCCUCGUUUGGACAGAUAGUUUCUUAUUUUUUUUACACAUUCGACAGCAAACACUUUGACAGUAGUCUGUGAGCUUUCCAAAGAAUGAUGAAGUGGUAGCUCUCCGUUCAGCGUUUCCACGCAACAGCGCAGGCGGCUUGUGAAGCCACGAAGCACAACGGAGGGACAGAGGCACAGCGGACGCGGUUGGGGGGUCUCCGUCUGAACCCUGAGCGCCUUUUUAAAAAAAGAAAAAGCCGAUGGAGCGACAAGAUGAUGGAGAUGAGCUGUUCGGGAGCUUAAACCACCAUGAUAGUGCAGAGGAGCAGGGUUCUCCUCCCUCAGGCAGCCCACAGCAGGAGGAUCCCGCCAUGAUGAGGAGGAGUGACAACUACCUGCCAGUCCCUGGCGAGGAGAAGAACCUGGAUGUGGACUACACUAAGGCCAGGAGCAGCGAGUCAAUACCAAUGAAAAAUCUCUAUGCGGAUGAUGUAUCGCCUCUGUAUUCGCGGCUAGGCCCGUAUUUCUCUGAUGGGCGGCGGCGGGUGGACUACGUGCUGGCAUACCAAAUCCAGAAGCCCAGCAGCAUCCGACGCCAAUCAUCCAGGUUUGCCGACAACAACUUCAUCCGACGGCUUCGCCGCAGCCUGAGCAUGAGGAGCAGCCGAGCCCCACUGCAACCGAAGGAAGACCCGGAGAUCGCUGCUCAGGAGCAACGGACUGACUAUUACGAGGAUGACAAGCGCUUCAGGCGGGAGGAGUUUGAGGAAAAUCUCCUGGAGACGGGGCUGGAGCUGGAAAAGGAUGAAGGGGGUAAGAUUCCUGGAAUCGGCUUCUUGAAGAUCCAUGCUCCUUGGAACGUCCUGUGUCGAGAGGCUGAGUUCAUGAAGCUCAAGAUGCCAACAAAGAAGAUGUACGAUGUGAAACAAGGCAGUAAUGUGGUGGAGAAGAUCCGACUGUUCAUUCACAAAGUCACAGCUCCGCUCCAUCCAAAAGUAGAAGCCAACAGACCACAAAGCGUCAAAUCCCUCUCUCAUCCUUUCUCCAGAGAGAAGCAGCAUUUAUUCGAUCUGUCUGACAGGGACAAGUUCUUUGACAGCAAGACCAGGAGCUCAAUAGUCUAUGAGGUACUGAAGAGGACAAGAUGCACCAGAGCCAAAUACACCAUGGGGAUCACCAGUCUGCUAGCUAAUGGUGUCUACACAGCUGCGUAUCCCCCUCAUGAUGGAGACAUUGAGGGGGUGAAUGCAGAACCUAACGAUAGGAAGCUGCUGUAUGAGGAGUGGGCCAGCUACAGUGUCUUCUACAAGUAUCAGCCUAUUGGACUCAUCAGGAAGUAUUUUGGGGAGAAGGUUGGACUGUAUUUUGCCUGGUUGGGAGUCUACACACAGAUGCUGAUCCCUGCAGCCAUUGUUGGAGUCAUUGUAUUUCUCUACGGCUGCGCUACUGUUGAUGAUAACAUACCGAGUAUGGAGAUCUGUGAUCCCAGGAACAACAUCACCAUGUGUCCCCUGUGUGACCGCGCCUGCAGCUACUGGAAGCUGGUGACUGCGUGUGGUACAGCCCGAGCCAGCCACCUGUUUGACAACCCAGCCACCGUCUUCUUCUCCAUCUUCAUGGCCCUGUGGGCGGUUCUCUUCAUGGAGCACUGGAAGAGACGACAGAUGCGACUCAACUACAUCUGGGACCUGACAGGGUUUGGAGAGGAGGAGGAGGAGGAUCAUAAGGACCACAACCGAGCAGAGUAUGAGUUCCGGGUCAUGCAAAAGACGAUGAGACUGGAAAAUUCAACCCCGAAGGGGGAGAAGGUGAAGCUGACAUGUACAGACAGACUGCCAGCUUACCUGACUGCUGUGGUCACGAUGUGCUUCCUGAUCGCUGUGACGUUUGCCAUAGUCUUCGGGGUCAUCCUGUACCGGAUUAGCAUUAAGGCAGCCCUGCACAUGAGUACCUACCCUGCAGCACGAUCCAACAUCAGAGCCACUGUCAAAACCACAGCUGCCAUCAUCAACCUCAUCAUCAUCAUCAUCUUAGAUGAAAUCUACGCCGCCAUUGCCCGCUGGCUCACCACACUGGAGGUUCCAAAAACAGACAAGAGUUUUGAAGAGCGUCUCAUCUUCAAAACCUUCAUCCUGAAGUUUGUCAAUGCCUUCACACCCAUUGUCUAUUUGGCCUUUUUCAGGGGCAGACUUGUUGGGCGGCCUGGAAACUACUUGUAUGUUGUUGGAUCAUACAGAAUGGAAGAGUGUGCCCAUGCAGGCUGCCUCAUGGAGCUGUGCAUCCAGUUGUGCAUCACCAUGUUGGGCAAGCAGCUCAUCCAGAACAACCUGUUCGAGAUUGGCAUACCGAAGCUGAAGAAACUACUCCGGAAGAGGAAGUCAGACUUGGACUCCAAGGAAGAGGAGGAGCUGAACAACACUCUGCAGCGCCACGAGAAAGACCACUUCCUGGGUCCAUUUGUUGGCCUCAGCCCAGAGUAUAUGGAGAUGAUCAUCCAGUUUGGAAUGGUGACUCUUUUCGUGGCCUCCUUCCCUCUGGCUCCACUCUUUGCUCUUCUGAAUAACAUCAUUGAGAUUCGCCUGGAUGCCAAGAAGUUUGUCAUGGAGCUGCGCAGGCCCAUCGCAGCAAAAGCCAGAGACAUUGGUAUCUGGUACAACCUCUUGAGAGGCCUCAGCAAGGUAGCAGUCAUUGUUAAUGCCUUUGUCAUCUCCUUCACCUCUGACUUCAUCCCUCGACUGGUCUACCAGUACAUGUACAGCCCUGACGGCACCAUGCACGGCUUCGUCAAUCACACCCUGUCUUACUUCAAUGUCAGCGACUUCCAGCCAGGCACAGACCCCCUACAGCCAAUGCACCUAGGCUACAAGGUAGAAAUAUGCAGAUAUAAGGACUACAGAGAGCCUCCCUGGUCCAGCACACCAUAUGAACUCUCUAAGGAGUUCUGGGCAAUUCUGGCAGCCCGCCUUGCCUUCGUUAUUGUCUUUCAGAACGUGGUGAUGCUCAUGAGUGACUUCGUGGACUGGCUGAUCCCAGACAUCCCCAAGGACAUCAGCCUCCAGAUGCACAAGGAGAAGAUCCUCAUGGUGGAGCUCUUUAUGAAGGAGGAGCAGGGCAAAAGACUGGCGGCGCGGGACAACCACAACCAGGACAACUGCACCUCCCCCUCGUUGGCCAAUCAGAGCCCACCACAGCCGCGCUCGAGACCUAUCUCACACACUAACUGCUGUUAAUCUGGUAGCUGGUGGGGUCUGAGGAAACAAGUGCAAACAGCGACAAGCAAAUGCUAACACCUGUACACAAACUAAUAAGUUAAUCAGCUGCUUAUAGCUAGCUGGUGAAAGGUUAAGAUGGUUAUCCACAGCACAUGAUCAGUUUGGAAUAAUCAGCAUAGCUUUUGCUGUGUUCAUGUUGUUUGGGAAUAUUUUCAGGAAUGACCCGAGAGUGAAAAGCUAAACUUCGAAGUGUUCGCAUUUGAAACUGGCCGUUUGCCUCUUUUUAACACUUUUCCCAUGUUAAGUAGUUACAGGAAGCUGGCCAUUACUGUGGCAGCCAUUAACCAAAAAUCCAACCGCAAGUAGUUUGAGAAUACUCUGCCACAGGAUUUAUGAUCACAAAUCAUUAUUUAUUGGAUGUAAUUUAAAGGAACAAGCCAUUUGCUUUUAUUUGACUUGUAGGGGGGAUCAUAUUUUCAAGCCGCAGUUUCGUACAUGCCACCUCUCUCUCCCGCGAGACUUAAAUGCCUGUAAUUUGUACUGAAGACAGCCUCCGUCAAUCCGUCCAACAGGUCCUGUCCUGCUAAGAAGACUUUCCUCCUGGUGUCUUACUGGUGAGACACAUCGGCAAUGGAGGUCUUCCCUCCUGCCAACAAUAUGUAGAGCUCAGACAGGCCUUUUUUAAAUCUUCUUUUUUUUGCACAAUGCUAUACAAAUGCAGGAAUUUGUUGAUGUAUUUCCUUUCCUUUGGUUGUAAGGGUGAACAAUGGGUUUUUGGAGGACCCUCUGUGUCAAGCUGCCUUUUGAUUUGUACUAUUCUCUUGUAUGAGCACCACAGGGCUGCACUGUUACAUUUUGAGGACGAACAAAUAGCCUAACCGUGCUCAGUGGCAUUAUUCCCGGAACAUUAUUAUUAUUCAUGCUAAUGAACUGGAAUUAAAAAGCUGCAAUUGGCAAGAUUUAUAGUAAACAACGUAUACAAAUAACAGUAUACAAAAAUGAUGUCAUCUGACAUAUUAUCACCUUAUAAAAAUGGUUGUGGUGAACUUGUUAGCAAGCAAUUGCACAGAUCAACAUUAGCGUUCAUUUGGAGUCUUUGAGUCCAGUGUUUUCUGUCCUUUUAGGUGAAGUAUCCAGAUAUUUUUAUCUGGUUCUUUGAUGAACUUGUAAUAAUUUUACCUAUCUGUUGUUUGGUAAUGGGUAGGUAGUGUUCUAUCUGAGUGUUUUUUAUUUUUGUAAUUUAUUUUCUGUGCAAAAAACAGCUGGAAGCGAAAAAAAAGUGUAUGCAAAGGGGAUUGCAGGCCAUGAAACUAAAUAAAUGACCUGAAAGACACUAAAACAAAUGAGCACAGCUAUAAAGCUGUAAUAAUCAGCAUGACUCCAAAUGAACUAUAAUGUUGCUCUGUGUCUGGUAGAUGUAUAAAUAUGUUGGCGUCACAUUGCUAAGAUGCUCAGCUUCAUUUAUUAGAGGGUUUCGCGAGGUAAAACCCUUUUCUCCCAUACAAGAGCUCAUAAGGAUUUUUAGUAAUUCAAGCGACUGACUUAGCGUAGACAGUAAGCAACUGUAAAUGAAAUGAAAAACAUGCAUUUGAAAUGGAAUUUAUUGUAUUUACGUUUGUGCGGUGGUGUGUGUAAACAGCGUGCACCAUCAUGCUCAUACAACAUCAGAAAGCUGCGUCAUAGAUGGGAAGUGGGAUUGAAGUAUCUUGCCUAUCAAUGUGAGAUUGUACUGGAAUUUAAAGGCAUUUUAUUUUUGCUGAACUACGAGUUUUGAGAUGUUACUGGAAAGCAGCACUAGUGUCUUGCUCUUUGGGGGGGAGGGGCACCCCAGGGCUGGCUGAAUGAGGAGACAGCGUUACAGACUCUCUUACCCUGCUUUAUCUCCUCCUAGCUGCUCCAGGGAUUCAAACAGUCAACAGAUCAUCUACUCUAAGUCAUCACUGACCAGUUUAAGUUUUUUCAGUUUUUCCAUUUUCACACUAAGGGACACGGUGUCUCAGCCAAACCAGAAAAAGCAGCACUGUUUAAAUGUUAUUAUCUUGCCUUAUAUUAACCUUAUAAAUCAAUUGACAUUUUUCUAAAGCUGCAACUCUUAAAAUAUUCAAGCACAAAGACUGAAUGAUGUAUUUUUUUGUAUUUAACAAACUGCAAAAACAUAUGUGGGAGUGACUGGAUAUCACUUUGAAGUGCAUAAAUAGACUGUAGAAUAUAACUGUACUGAACAUAAAUGUACUGAAAUGCAGUCACACGUACAGUCUGCAGACAUUACUGCAGUGUGUCGAAUCCUGCCCCCUGCUGUAAAUACUUUGAACUACCCUAAAUUUAAGCCCUCAAGCCAGACUGAUAGAAUGUAUUAUUCAAUUUUUAAUUGUCAGUGAUGUAUUAUCACUUUUAGGUCAAAAUGUUGUAUAUCUAUUUUUUUUUUCUGUUUGUUUGUUUUUUAAUUUUAUGACAAUUCAUUUCUAAGUGCAUUCAAUGUUUUGAAAGAGUUUUUAUCAGGCCACAGGGGAUCACUGAUCUAUCAACCAGAGACAAGGAUGUACUUUAGCUCAAUCCAGCUAUCCAUUUUCUACCACUUAUCCAUUUUCAUCCACUUAUUCAAAUAUGGUGACCACCACCCUGCCGGUCCACAAUUACUGUCCCCGACCUCCAUGCGACACCGAAGAAGCAUGUCGUUCAAGACUGGUCAACAAUGUCCAGAUUCUUCAGAGCCAGAGAUGUGAGGGGGGCUUCCCCCACGUCUUUAAACUCUGCCUCCUUCUUCAGAUUGAUGGCCCCACUCACCUGUGGUGUUCACCAGCAGGGUUCUCAGGUUGCCUCCACAACAGGCACCUACAACCUUCUGACCACAGCUCCCAACAGCAGCCUCCACAGUCAAGGCGCUGGACAUGGCCCCAUGUCCCCACCCUCCCCAAAUGCAAGAGAAGUACUUCCAGAGGUGGUAGUUGAAGACCUCACUGACAGGGGCCUCAACCAGGCGUUCCCAGGCUACCCUUACUACAUUAGAGUUUACCAAGUCUGUCCAGCAGCCUCCCCUGCCAUCUGAUCCAACUCACCCCCAGGUGGUGAUCAGUUGACAGUGCUGCUGCUCUUUUCACCUGUAUCAGCCACAGGUCUGAUGAUACGACCACAAAAUCAGUCAUCAGUCUUAGGCCAAGGGUGCUCUGGUACCUAGAGUCCAGCCCCUCUCCAGGAGUUUGGUUCCAUAGCCAGUGCUGUGUAUGGAUGUUGGUCGAACUAUAUCAAUACUGCUCCACCUCCCACACCAAAUGACGCUCCUUCCUCUCCAGAUGGAUGAUAAUCCACAUCCCUACAAUGCCAGAGGCCCAGGUCCCCAUCCUUGCUUGCCACCCGGCUUGCUUAGCUCCCCUGACCCCUGCAGGUGGUGAGCCAAUCAAGACCCAUGUCUGGCUCCAGAGGGGCCCUGGUUUAUACAAUUUAUCUCAGUUUUAAUUUUAAUUCUUUAUUUAAUGUUCUAGAAGCCAUCAAUAUGGACUUAUUUUGCUGUGUCUGGGAGGAUAUCUGGGAAAACAUCUUCCAGUGCAGCCUACAAAGACAUUUGUCACCACAGACAUUACUUCUUCCUGGGUUAUGACUUAGUUGUUAGAGCAAAAACUGCACAUUUAAUUUUUUAGCAAAUCUUAAAACUGUUAAUACUGUCUAUGUAAGUAGGAUUAGUGUUGAUAUUCAGUGAUAGAUUACAAAGAAUAUUUUCCCUCAGAAUCUCUUAGAACCUCAUGUCACAUGUGAAGACCCUCCCUUCGUGUCCCUCAUGAGACGUCCUCUUCAUGCUGUCUGUUGCCAUGUUCUAUAAACAGCAUCAAUAAAACAUUACAAAUUG